AUGGCGUCGCCCUCGCCGACUACGACGACGCGCGCGCGCUCCAUCCAGACGCUGGACGGCUACGUGAGUCGCGGGCGCGCGCCGCCGAGCUCCGUGCCGCGCGACCACGCGACGCUGCAGGACUUCGCGGCGUUCCUGGAGCUGCGCCUCAAGUCGCAGAACGUGUCCUUACUGCGGCGCGUCUUCGCCGACUUCCUCAACGAGCAGGAGCACACGCUCGUGCCCCUGAUGCGGCAGGGCGUGAGCAUCAUUACGGUGUUCCCCGUGCUGCGGACGAACCCCCAGCGGCGGCGGCAGGCCCAGCGGCUGCUGGCCAAGCCCAAGAGCCACCUCGACCCGCGCGGCUGCGUCUUCCUCUACCUGCAGUACCGCGCGGCCACGAGGAACAUGGCGCUGCUCAAGCACAUGUUCCUCGAGUUCGUGGGCCACAAGGAGGCGUCGCUGCUGCGGUUCGUGGAGAGGGGCAACGAGGUCAUCAGCGUCAUCCCCUUCGAGCUGCCGCGCGUGAUCCUCCCAGCUCCAGCUCCUGCUGCACCUGCACCUGCAGAGGCGGCUCCAGAGCAGCAGCUACAGUUGACGCGCAAGAUGGAGGCUUUCGAGGCGCAGAUUCCGUGGGAGGCGGUCUUUGGUAAUUUACCGCUGCCGUUCGAGGAGGAAAAACACCCGGAGUUGGCCAAGAAGCUCCACCGAUUCUGGCACAAACACUCGCGCGCUGUGUGGGAGCGCAAGUUCUGGGCCCCGAUGUCUCGUAAGAUGAACGCCUUCGCCUUCAACAAGCGCAACAACCGCCAGAUUUCCGCCAAGAACGCGUUUGAAACCAUCAUUCUGGCUGCGUACGAGCAGCUCGGAGCCGCCUUCUUCGUCAGGCUGGAUAUGCAGCAGCCGCGCCACCCUGGUUGGUGGUACCGAAGCCCCGUCGUAGCUCUCUUCGCUCUCCAAGAGGUCAAGGGUGAGGACGCGGUCUGGGACUACGUCAAGAACGACGCGCUCGAGCGCUUCCCCGACUGCAAGCUGCCGAUUCCGAUCAAGGCUACGAACUACGGCGCAGUGCAGAACUGCCACAAGAGCGCGAGUGAAUCCAUGUGGAUGGCUAACCACCCGCUGACCCCAACGUGGCUGGGCGAAAUUGCUGCACUCAAGGCGAAGCAGCAAGCGCAUGGAACUUCUGGUGAAGAGGCUGGGGUAAGCCAACCUUCAAGGGGACCUGAUCGUGAGCCGGAGAAUGUAAUGACUGUGAUGGACGCACUUGGCUUCACUUGA